AUGUACUUCGCCUGGCUGGAGGACCCAAAGAGUGUACACAAGUCGUGGGACGUGUUUUUUCGUAAUGCGAACGCCGGAGCGCCCCCUGGAGCUGCGUACCAGUCUCCUCUUGGCCUGACUCCUGCCCUGUCUUCUCUUGGCUCUGCUAUGACCGCUCAGCCCAACGUGGAGAAGCUAGUGGAGGACCAUCUGGCCGUCCAGUCUCUGAUCAGGGCCUAUCAGAUCCGCGGGCACCAUGUGGCUCAGCUGGACCCGUUGGGCAUCAUGGACGCCGAUCUCGACUCUUGUGUUCCCACUGACAUUAUCACCUCCUCCGACAAGCUGGGCUUCUAUGGCCUGGAGGAAUCGGACCUGGAUAAGGUUUUCCGCCUGCCCACGACAACUUUUAUUGGGGGAUCUGAGAGUGCUCUGCCUCUGAAGGAGAUCAUCCGCAGACUGGAGAUGGCGUACUGUCAGCACAUCGGGGUGGAGUUCAUGUUUAUAAAUGACCUGGAGCAGUGCCAGUGGAUCCGACAGAAGUUUGAGACUCCAGGAGUGAUGCAGUUCACGCUGGAGGAGAAGAGGACCUUGCUCGCCCGCAUGGUCCGCUCCACCAGAUUUGAGGAGUUCCUGCAGAAAAAGUGGUCGGCAGAGAAGCGCUUCGGGCUGGAGGGCUGCGAGGCCAUGAUCCCUGCUCUCAAAACCAUCAUUGACAAGUCGUCUGAGAACGGAGUGGAAAACGUCAUCAUGGGAAUGCCCCACAGGGGGCGCCUAAACGUACUCGCCAACGUCAUCCGCAAAGAGCUCGAGCAGAUCUUCUGUCAGUUUGACUCCAAACUAGAGGCUGCAGAUGAGGGCUCUGGAGACGUGAAGUACCACUUGGGGAUGUACCAUAGGCGCAUAAACCGUGUCACAGACAGAAACAUCACUCUGUCUCUCAUGGCAAACCCGUCUCAUCUGGAGGCCGUGGACCCGGUGGUGCAGGGAAAGACCAAGGCAGAACAGUUCUACUCUGGAGACAACGACGGCAAGAGGGUCAUGUCCAUCCUGCUCCACGGAGAUGCUGCAUUUGCUGGUCAGGGAAUAGUGUAUGAAACCUUCCAUCUGUCGGACCUGCCCUCGUACACCACCCACGGGACCAUCCACGUGGUCGCCAACAACCAGAUCGGCUUCACCACAGACCCCCGUAUGUCCCGCUCGUCCCCAUACCCUUCUGACGUCGCUCGGGUGGUGAACGCUCCCAUCUUCCACGUGAACGCAGACGACCCCGAGGCCGUCAUGUACGUGUGCAACGUGGCGGCAGAGUGGAGGGCCACGUUCCACAAGGACGUCGUGGUCGACCUGGUGUCUUACCGCCGCAUGGGUCACAACGAGAUGGAUGAGCCCAUGUUCACGCAGCCGCUCAUGUACAAACAGAUCAAGAAGCAGAAGCCAGUGCUGCAGAAAUAUGCAGAAAAACUCAUCUCUGAGGGAGCAGUGACCAGGCAGGAGUACGAGGAGGAGAUUGCGAAGUAUGAUAAAAUCUGUGAGGAGGCCCAUGCACGCUCCAAGGACGAGAAGAUCCUUCACAUCAAGCACUGGCUGGACUCACCAUGGCCCGGUAAACUCUAUUAG